AUUGUUAUUUUAUUAAGUUGACAUGACUGAGUAAAAAUGGAAACAGCAAUAGGAUUUGAAGAAACUAUUACAAUAUAUAAUAGAAAAGACUUAAGAGACUAUAUUAACUUUACAAUUAAUGGAGUGCCUCAUGCUGUAUCAGGGAAUGGAAACAAUUGUCGUGUUUGUAUACCGACUAGUAUAUCCCUCAACGUCUACAUUCGCGAUUAUGCGAAACUACGCGGCACAAAAGCGAUGUGUCACGAGGGUGGUUGUGGUACCUGUAUUGUGGCUGUGAAAAUUAACGGUAAAACAAUGGCCGUGAAUUCCUGUCUAGUACCGAUAUUAAUCUGUGACGGAUGGGAUAUUUACACGAUUGAAGGCUUAGGUAACAAGAGAGAUGGUUAUCACACGAUUCAAGCAACGCUUGCUGACAAAAAUGGUUCUCAAUGUGGAUAUUGCUCUCCUGGCAUGGUGAUGAAUCUAUAUGGUCUCAUUCAUGACGAAAAGUUGUCUAUGCAGCAAAUCGAAAAUUCAUUUGGUGGCAACAUUUGUCGAUGUACUGGAUAUCGUUCAAUUUUGGAUGCAUUCAAAGGAUUUGCCAAUGAUGCACCGCCAUCAAUGAUGAAAAAUAUCAGCGACAUUGAGGAAUUGUACAAGAUCAAAACUUGCCCGAAAUACAGAGUUCCACGUACAGAUAGUCGCUGCGACAAACAACUGUCCCGUGGAAAUACGGUGUACAUAAAGUUAAAAGACGCGGAAUUUUCUAAAGUUUACUCAAUCAGAGAUGUAUUUGAAAUAUUUCAACGAAAUUCGAGAGCUACUUAUAUAUUAAAUGGAGGAAAUACUGCGUAUGGUGUUUAUCGUUCGAGUAAAAAAGAUAUCUGUAUCGAUAUAAACGACAUUCCAGACUUACGUGAUAUUCAAAUUACCAAGGACUAUCUGGUCCUAGGAGGAAAUGUGACCAUUACCAUGGCGAUACAGACAUUUCAAAAAUAUUCAACCGAACCCAAUUUUAAAUAUCUAAGUCAAUUGGCCGAGCAUGUAGAAAAGAUCGCAAACGUACCCGUGCGAAAUAUUGGUAGCAUCGCCGGCAACUUAAUGAUUAAGCACGCGCAUAAUGAGUUCCAAUCUGAUAUGUUUUUGGUAUUAGAGACCAUCGGUGCUAAAAUACAUGUCCUAGAAUCACCAAGUAGAAAGCAAAGUAUGCACCUUAUCGAAUUUCUGAAGCUCGAUAUGCAUCAUAAAAUCAUCUACAGUGUUGUAUUACCACCGUUAUCCAACGAUUAUGAAUUUAGAUCCUACAAGAUCAUGCCUAGAGCCCAGAACGCUCAUGCUCACGUCAACGCCGGCUUUCUCUUCAAACUCGAUGGCGGUGGCAAAGUAUUGGAAGAACCUAACAUCAUCUAUGGUGGCAUCAAUAAACAGAGCAGAAAUCUUGCCGAAGGAUUAUUUUACAAGUUUGUGUUAAGCAUCAAACCAGAGAUCGUAAAUACCAGACUUCGUAGCGGAGGCUCUUUGUUAGAACGAACUCUAUCAUCAGGUACGCAGGACUACGAUACAAAUAGGGACAUAUGGCCAGUGAAUAAGCCCAUAACGAAGUUAGAAGCCAUUAAGCAAACAUCAGGUGAAGCCCAAUAUUGCAAUGAUCUGCCUCCAUUUCCUAGAGAAGUAUUUUGCGCUUUCGUCCUCACCGAAAUUGGUAAUGGCAAGAUCGAGAAUAUAGAUGCAAGCAAGGUGCUUAAAAUGAAGGGUGUAGUGGCGUUCUUCAGCGCAAAGGACAUACCGGGAAAAAAUGUGUGCAUUGCAGCCGUUAGUGAGUUGUUGUUGUUGCCAGAGGAUGAGUUGCUGUUUGCUGAAAAUGAUAUUUUGUAUGCUGGCCAACCGGUAGGUGUAAUUGUCGCGAAGACGCAAUAUUUGGCAAAUGAAGCCGUGAAAUUGGUGAAAAUUACGUAUAGCGAAUCUCUGAGAACGAAGCCGGUGAUAAGCAUCGAGGAUGCAAUUGCCACGCAGGACGAGACUAGAAUCAGGCACAACGCCAACAUUCCGGCAAAAAAUAAAGGAAAAAAUACUGAACAAGUAAUAAAGGGCGUUUUUCAUUGCGGCAGUCAGUAUCAUUACACCAUGGAAACUCAGUCUUGCGUGUGCGUUCCUGUGGAGGAUGGAAUGGACGUCUAUCCAUCAUCGCAAUGGAUGGAUCUCAUUCAAGUAUCGAUUGCGAAUUGUCUUAAUGUUCAGAAUAAUAGCAUCAAUGUGAAUGUCACUCGAGUUGGUGGUGAUGGAGCGAAAAUUUCACGCAACGCGCAAAUUUCGUGUGCUUGUGCAUUGGUAUGUUACAAAUUGAAUCGUCCAGCACGAUUCGUUUUGACGAUAGAGAGCAAUAUGCAAUCGGUAGGCAAGAGAUAUUCUACGCGCCAAGAAUAUGAAAUUGGGGUGGACAAUGACGGAAUUAUUCAAUAUCUCAACUCAAAACAUUGGAGCAACUGCGGUUUCAGUUUCAAUGAAUCACAAUCUGCCAGUGUGGUUGACAGCAUGAAAAGUUGUUCCUAUGCGACCGAUUUUUGGACGUUCAAUGGAUUUGACGUACGAACCGAUAUACCGUCAAAUACGUUUUGUCGGGCACCAUUCAAUACGGAAGCAGUGGCUAUGAUCGAGAAUAUGAUGGAGCACAUAGCGAGAGUGACGAAAAAGGAUCCAGUAGAGGUCAGAUUGUCGAAUAUGAAUGAUGUAGAUAAAACCGUAUUAGAAACUAUGAUAAAGGAUUUGUCGAAGUCGGCAGAUUAUGAGGUGCGGAAACGAGCCGUUGAAAUCUUCAACACUCAGAAUCGUUGGAAGAAAAAGGGAAUUGCCAUCGUAACAAUGAAAUAUCCAUUAUUCUAUUUGGGGCAAUUCAACGCAAUGGUGUCUGUUUGCGCUCGUGAUGGUUCGGUUUGCGUGACACAUGGCGGAAUUGAAAUCGGUCAAGGGAUAAAUACCAAGAUUGCUCAAAUGGUAGCUUACAAAUUAGGGAUCGCUGUGGAAUUAAUCUCCGUUAAACGAAGUAAUAAUUUAACAACACCCAAUAAUAUAAUUACAGGGGCUAGUAUGACUACUCAGUCCUGCGGAUACGCAGCAAUUCAAGCCUGCAAAGAGAUUUUGAAGAGACUUGAACCGAUAAGAAAAGAAAUGACAAAUCCGACAUGGAAGGAUCUCGUUUUCACAGCAUAUAAAAAAGACAUUGAUUUAUGCGCACGUUACAUGGUCAAGGCAAUAGAUGACAUGAAGCCUUACACCAUUUAUGGUGUCACCAUUGCCGAAGUAGAGAUCGAUGAAUUGACCGGCGAGCAUAUUAUCAGAAGAGUUGACUUGAUGGAAGAUGCCGGUGUAAGUCUGAAUCCGAAAAUCGACGUCGGCCAGGUGGAGGGAGCUUUCGUGAUGGGACUAGGAUAUUGGACUUUUGAGGAUCUGGUGUACGAUACUAAAACAGGAGUAUUAACGAAUGACAGAACUUGGAAUUAUAAAUCACCAGGAGCGAAGGAUAUUCCUGAAGAUUUCCGCAUAUAUUUAUGCAAAAACUCGGUCAACCAAUUCGGUAUGUUUGGUUCAAAAGCAACCGGUGAAUCACCGCUUUGUAUGAGUUGCGUAAUUCCGAUAGCGAUCCGCAAAGCACUGAAUUCCGCUAGAGCGGAUGCAGGGAAUAUGGAUGAGUGGUACCGACUGGAUGGACCGUGUACUACGGAACGUAUACUUCUAACUAGUUUAACCAGCAAAGACAACAUGGUGCUUUGAUAAUGAAAACC